UGCAAAGCCCCAAGUCGCUUCUUCGAAGGCUCGCACCGUCUCAGUUACCGCGGGUUCUGGAUGUUUGGCAGGACCUCGGGCGCCCGGAGCGCCUGUUGGGCCUCAGUCCCUUCUAGUGAGAGAAUGGACUUGGUUCGGAGCCCUGAAGGCGGGCGGUGAGCCAUGAAAGAUGUAAGCAAGUGUCAUUCUUCUCUUGCAGCUGUUCGCGGACAAGGUUCCAAAGACGGCAGAAAACUUCCGUGCUCUGACCACCGGGGAGAAGGGAUUUGGUUAUAAAGGUUCCUGCUUUCACAGAAUUAUUCCGGGAUUUAUGUGCCAGGGUGGUGACUUCACACGCCACAAUGGCACAGGCGGCAAGUCCAUCUAUGGGGAGAAAUUUGAGGAUGAGAACUUUGUCCUGAAACAUACAGGUCCUGGCAUCUUGUCCAUGGCAAAUGCUGGGCCGAACACAAACGGCUCCCAGUUUUUCAUCUGCACGGCCAAGACUGAGUGGUUGGAUGGCAAGCAUGUGGUCUUCGGCCAGGUGAAGGAAGGCAUGGAUAUUGUGACAGCCAUGGAGCGCUUUGGGUCCAAGAAUGGCAAGACCAGCAAGAAGAUCACCAUUGCUGACUGUGGGCAACUCUAAUAAAUUUGACUUGUGUUUUAUCUUAACCACCAGACCAUUCCUUCCGUAGCUCAGGAGAGCACCCCUUCAUCCCCAUUUGCUUGGAAUGUUCCAUAAUCUUUGUGCUCUUGCCAGUUUAUUGGGUUCCAUAAUUUCCCUACCCUUUCCCAGUCUAGCUGGAUGACAGAGUUAAGUUUAUGAUUAUGAAAUAAAAACUAAACAGUGUCUGUC